CUUUCGCUUCUGCACUUUUUCUAAUUUGUAUAUUCUAAAUAUUAUUGCCGAGCUGUUAAAGUGAAAAUAUCGAUGUAUCAACAGUAUUUAAACCAAGCAGUUCGCACACUGCAAAAUCUUAGCUCUGAUGAGCUAAAGGAUCUGCUGAACGAUGACGGGAAAUUGGAUGAACGUGUCGAUCAAGCGGUUGAAACACUCGAAUCUGAAAAAGAAGUUGUUCUGAGUGAAAAUCGCAGCUUAGCUGAAAGCAACCUAAACAAGGAACCGAAACUGAUUGAACUACGUUCACGAGUAAAUGAUCUUUCGGAACAAGGACGCGUUUUAGCAGCUUCCGUGAAAGCAAAAGCGUGUGAUUUGAAGGACAAAUCUAGCAGCACUAAUCCAGACACAGUUUUGGCUCUACUACAGGCUGCUGCCGCUGAGAGCGAAGAACAGUCCGAAAAAAUCGUAAAGCAGUUUCUAGACAACGACAUCACAAUCGACGUUUACUUGGAACAAUUCAUGAGCUCGCGCAAAGCAAUGCACAGUCGUAAGUUGAAAGCGGAAAAAAUGACCGAACUAGUACGGAACGGAUUGAACCAAUCAGCGGCACAUGGUGUCAUGCAUGGAACGCCCACUUUUGGAAUGGGUCCCACCCCAGGUCGAACUAGUGGGUUUUAUCCACCACCUCCUACAACUGGUGCAGUUCCAUAUCCAUUAGGGCAGAUUGCAAUGCCAAUGCCAGGCAUGUUCCGUUCGCCAUAUUGAUAGUGUUAAGUGAAACAUUAUUUGAUUGACUUAUAUUCACUGUUAAUAGGAAAGUAGUUCUAUAAAAAUGUAUGUAUCAAUAAGCUUAUCAUUAUGUUAUAAAUAAUUCUAAAACUGUAAACUGUAAGCCUUUUCAAUGAUUAAAAUAGUUAUAGUUGUAAUAACCAUAAUUGAUUCACGCUCAAAUAUUGGUACUUCAACGAGGGGAAUUCAUUGUUCACUUAUUUGAUUAAAGCUAUCGUCAUAAACACUCACGCCUUGUCCUAAGAAAUGCAGAAAAAUUCAUAAACGCAAGUGAGUUAUUUGAUGCUUUUCAAUCAUUGAAAAAGAACUCCUUUAUUAAUUGAUUACAGGAUAUCAUUUAUACAAGUAGCAAAAAAGGC